GUUGAAAGAGAGACGUAUAAGAGAGACGUGUGUUCGAAGUGCAGAGAGAGAGGGAGAAAGAAGUGGAGAGAGACGCAGAGACGGAGAGGAGGAGAGACAGAGAGACAUGGAGAGAGACUAAGCAAGGGUUGCACUGGGUGAGAGGCAGGAAGAGCUCAGCUGCCCCUGGAGUCCCAGCCCCGCCUUCAUGCCCGGCAGGUGCCCCACCUGGCCCAUCCUCCCAGGGAAGCCUCGGCCUGUGCUGCAGGCGAUCUGACUCCCAGUCCUCCAGGUGGUUGAGGAGCACCUGCAGACCAGAGGAUGGCCCAGGUCCUGCAUGUACCAGCCCCCUUCCCAGGACCCAUUCUUUGGGCAGAUAAACCGUGACUCUCCGGGAACAUCAGCCUUCACCCUGAGAUGGGGACAGCAGAGUUCAGAGGCAGUGGCAUUUCUCCCCACCCCAGGGACCCCUGGCCCAGCCUCCCCGCCGGCCUUCCCUGCCAAGGAGCCUGACCCGCCCUACUCCGUGGAGACGCCCUACGGCUACCGCCUUGACCUGGACUUCCUCAAGUAUGUGGACGACAUCGAGAAGGGCCACACACUACGGCGCGUGGCCGUGCAGCGGCGGCCCCGUCUGGGCUCCCUGCCGCGUGGCCCCGGCUCCUGGUGGACGUCCACCGAGUCCUUGUGCUCCAACGCCAGCGGGGACAGCCGCCAGUCAGCCUACUCCUAUUGCGGCCGUGGCUUCUACCCACAGUACGGUGCCCUGGAGGCCCGCGCCGGCUUCAACCCGCGUGUGGAGCGCACGCUGCUGGACGCCCGUCGCCGCCUGGAGGACCAGGCGUCCGCACCCACCAGCCUGGGCUCCCUGACCCCCAGCGCGGCAGGUUCAACCAGCUCGUUGGUGGGCGUGGGGCUGCCACCCAAUACGCCACGGGGCUCGGGACUGUCCACACCAGUGCCACCCAGCGCUGGGCACCUGGCCCACGUGCGGGAGCAGAUGGCAGGUGCCUUGCGAAAGCUGCGGCAGCUGGAGGAGCAAGUGAAGCUGAUCCCCAUGCUCCAGGUGAAGCUGUCGGUGCUGCAGGAGGAGAAACGACAGCUCACGGUGCAGCUCAAGAGCCAGAAAUUCCUGGGCCAUCCCGCAGGGGCCCGGGGCCGCGGCGAGCUCUGCCUGGACCUUCCCGAGCCCCCCGAGGGCCUGGCAGCGCUCGGGACCCGGAGCGUGGGCACCUGGGUCCGUGAGCAGGACUUGGGCAUGCCCGAUGGGGAGGCAGCCCUGGCCGCCAAGGUUGCCGUGCUGGAGACCCAGCUCAAGAAAGCGCUCCGGGAGCUGCAGGCAGCUCAGGCCCAGCAGGCCGAUGCCCAGCCCCAGGCCUGGCCACCGCUGGACAGCCCCGUCCGCGCAGACACUGUCCGGGUGGUGGAGGGCCCACGAGAGGUGGAGGUGGUGGCCAGCACCACGGCUGGGGCCCCUGCCCAGAGGGCCCAGAGUCUGGAGCCCUACGGGGCAGGGCUACGGGCCCUGGCAACACCUGGAGGGGCUGAGAGUCCUCCCGUGUUCCGUACCCAUGAGGUGGUGGAGACGGUGUUCCCAGCACCCACUGCGCCUACUGGCAGCACCCACCUGGUGAAGAAGAUCAGCAUCACGGAGCGAAGCUGCAAUGGGGCAGCAGGUCCCCCACAGGCUCCUGCAGAGUCGUCCUCAUCACCCCGAGGGUCUGCAGAGGCCCCCGUGGCCCAGCCCGAGAAGAACGCAGGUGGGGUGCCCGCCCAAGACACCACCAGCAGGGAGCCCACCAGGCAGGCAGCCUCAUAUGAGGCAGAAGAGGCCAGGGGUGCAGGUGGGCCCCAGGUGGGCGCGCAGUCCAUCAUGAGGCGCAAAGAGGAGCCCGCCGACCCCACGACCAGUUGGAGGAGCCCCCAGUUUGUGGGGGUCAAUGGCGGGUAUGAGUCCUCCUCCGAGGACUCCAGCACAGCAGAGAACUUCUCCGACAAUGAGAGCACAGAGAAUGAGGCCCCAGAGCCAGAGCAGAGGGUUCCAAGUGUGGCUGAAGCCCCCCAGCUCAGGCCCUCGGGGAUGGCGGCCGCCAAGACCAGUGGAGAGGAGUGCCAGCUGUCUCAGGAGUCUCCGCGGGCGCCCGCAGCUGAGGGUGCGUCAGGAUCAAGUUCGGAGGAAGAGAUCCGGAUGGAGCUCAGCCCCGACCUCAUCUCAGCCUGCCUGGCCCUGGAAAAGUACCUGGACAACUCGAAUGCCCUCACUGAGCGGGAGCUGAAGGUGGCCUACACCACGGUGCUGCAGGAGUGGCUGCGCCUGGCCUGCCACAGCGACGCCCACCCCGAGCUUGUGCGGCGCCACCUGGUCACCUUCCGGGCCAUGUCCGUGCGGCUGCUGGACUACGUGGUGAACAUCGCCGACAGCAACGGCAACACGGCGCUGCACUACUCCGUGUCUCACGCCAACUUCCCCGUGGUGCGGCAGCUGCUCGGCAGCGGUGUCUGUCGGGUGGACAAGCAGAACCGCGCUGGCUACAGCCCCAUCAUGCUCACCGCUCUGGCUACUUUGAAGACCCAGGACGACAUUGAGACUGUCCUGCAGCUCUUCCGCCUUGGAAACGUCAACGCCAAAGCCAGCCAGGCGGGGCAGACAGCCCUGAUGCUGGCAGUCAGCCACGGGCGGGUAGACGUGGUCAAAGCCCUGCUGGCCUGCGAGGCGGAUGUCAACGUGCAGGAUGACGACGGCUCCACGGCCCUCAUGUGUGCCUGCGAGCACGGCCACAAGGAGAUCACGGGGCUGCUGCUGGCUGUGCCCAGCUGUGACAUCUCCCUCACCGACCGCGAUGGGAGCACGGCUUUGAUGGUGGCCUUGGACGCAGGGCAGAGUGAAAUCGCGUCCAUGCUGUACUCCCGCAUGAACAUCAAGUGCUCGUUUGCGCCCAUGUCAGAUGACAGUCCCACAUCAUCCUCCGCAGAAGAGUAGCCGCCAGAGGGACUGACCCGUGCCGGAGCGAGCGAGCCGGCCCUCCUGCCUGGGCCCUUGUCCCUUCUCUGCCCCCUCCCUGGCCAGCACCCCUGCUGGACCCACCAAGGCCCAAGUCUCAAAGGCAAGGGGGCUUUUCCUCUGCUUCCCUGGGGAGCUGCCGACAGCAACAAGACGACAGCUUCACGCGGGUUUUUCCCGGUGCCCCAGUUCAAAGCAGCCCCAGCGCAGACCAGACCAGAGCCGAAUUCUUACAUAAAUUGGCGCCAGUGGCUGAUGCCGGGACGUGGGUUUAUGAAGAACUCUGAGAACAAUCAACCGGCAAUUAUGGAUGGAGGAGGUUGAGAGGGAAAAAUCGUGUGUUCUUGAAUCACGGUCGGGGAGGGCGGGGAAAACCUAUCCCUUGUUGCCAAAUUCUCGUUGAAAUUGUUCGUUGAAAAUGGCUAGAAUUGCAUAUUUUCACGUUCAUCCUGAAUGUCAUUACGCCCGGGGCACGUCUGGGGUGGCUCACCCGCCCUCCUCACCUCCCCACAUGUAAUUGUCUGGUAUAGAAUAGGGUUUUGUCCACUAUCCCCGCCCCCCGAGAUGGCUUUCUUGGGGGGAUUUCCUUCUGGUGUCUUCACAGAACAGAUUCUGUCCUUGUCACCCGGGCGAGGAAGUUCAGUCCUCCAUUCUGCUUUCUCACUGGCAUUCCAGUGGGGCGCUCAGGACCCACCCAGCAGCCGGGCUGUGUGAGCCAUUCACAUGGAGAAAUUACCCAGGAGUCUGUCCCGUCCCUGCAUGGAGGCUCUGGCAAAUAUUAAUUUUCCUAGAAAAUCCUUCAGACCCGGAGAUGCAGGAAAUGAAUCCAGUUCCCAGCGCAGCUGCUCAGUCCCUGGGCUUAGAAUCCUGGUAACGGGGCCGUCCUUACCCUCCCCAGACUCCAGACCUCAAAGGAAAUCAAACAGGGCAUGUGCUUGUUGGCGAAACCCAGGUUGAGCGCCACAAAUUCCAUGUGUGCACAAUUAAAAGUUGGCUGCCCCUGAGGGCUCCCAGUGCAACUUAAAGCGAUAGCUUUGCCGAAAACCAAACAAGGGCCAGCUGGGGUUUUAUUUUUUUUUAACAACCUACGGGCAUCCCCGAGCUGCCUGCUGGAAACAGGGCCCGCCAGACACCCGCAGUUUCCUUCAUGGCCUGUGUUGUCCGCCAGAAUCUCAACAUACAUUUAUCUUUCCUGUUUCUUUAUGAACACACACACAAAAAGGAUGGGUUCUGAGCCCCCAGAAGGACCUGUGGCAGGGAAGGAAGGUCCCUAGCUAGAAGGUGUCCUCUGCCCUCUCACCCCAUUCUCAGCUCAGCCACCACAGCAAGAGAGAGCAGUUCCUGAGAGCUUAUGUUCCUUAGGCAAAGCAAAGUGCUGGCCUCUCUCCUAGAAAAGUAGGUUUCUUGGCUUGACGGAGCGUGGUUUGCUUUGAUGUCGAUUGGAAGGAUGCACCUAAGAGACAAGAGUUUGGCUGGUCGAGAGAGGGAGUGUGUGUGUGUGUGUGUGUGUGUGUGAAUCGGAGAGAACAAAUCACAGCUGAUGAGGCCCACUGCCGGUGUCUGAUGGAAAGCCUCACCUGUGGAGAGCUUUGAGAAGCGGUGCAGGAGUUGUGCGCCUCUGUGUCCAGCCCCAGAGCCAGCGGGUGUGUUUAUUUUAAGCUCUGAGAAGCAGCUCAUUUACCGCCCAGAUAAGUCCGUAUCUGUCCCUGUGUUCCCUUCCUCCCAGCCCCACUGGGCCUGGCGUGGUGGGCUACAGCAGACCCGGCCUUCAUCCUUGUACUCUUCUCACGUGUAUUCAUGACCUUUAACUUCACUUUCCAACCACGGUAUGUCCAUAAAGACAGUAUUACACUUAAAUGAAGUAUUCCUUUUUGUAAUCGUUUUUUUUUAGAAAGUAAAGGAAUUUAAUAAAGCUGCCUUAUGAUAAUG